AUGUCUUUUUGGUACAAACUAUAUGAUGGAAAAGCAGUAACACCAGGAAAUGACCUAAAAAUCAUGUACUAUAAAAAUGUAUAUGGUUUUAGGCACGUUCGUUACAACGAAAAUCCCUACGCAGAUCCUUAUCACCCCAACUUUUACUUG